AUGGAUGCCACUAUGGAUCAGAAAGCCGAGUAUCCUACCGUCUACGUUGGUGAGACCCGUGCUAUUGGCGGCAGGGCGAAGCUUCGCCGUUUCACGAUGACCGGCAUGAAGCUUGUCUUCAUGUCCCUCUUUCUGGGUGUCUGCCUUGCCUUGGUGUACAAGACAAUUUCAGGUACGCAGACCUCACAGUGUUGCAUCGAGAUUCCGUUGCUGACCAGCAAAGACAAGCAAAACUACGACAAGCUCCUGGCCAAGUACAACCGCGUUGUUCAGGAUGGCCGAUCUGCAGACCAGCUGCGUCCUACCGCGAUCCUCCAUCGUGCUGUCGAGGCCGGUAACUUGUCGUAUACCUAUACUACGACCACUUUGACUAAGGGUACGACAGUUACUCUGACCACGACUCCGUCAACUACUGUUGUGGCUACUACAAGCUCCGUCUCUAGCACGGGUGCCAGCGUGAACAGCAGCACAGUCAGUGGCUGUGGAUCGAUUGUCCCUCAGAUUGUCACUGUCACUGUGCAUGAUUCAAUCGGAGCUGCUUCUUACACUGCAUCUUCCUCGGGGCCGGCUAGCAUGGCUACCUCCAUCAUUGCUUUGUCCCCGAAGCCAUUCUCGACCCGCGUCACUACGACUACAAUCUUGGUCACUGCCAGCAGCUCAGCUCCGCCUGAGACACAGACUGCCACACUCACCUCGACGGCUGUGAUUGUAGUGACCGCCACGGAGCUGGCUACGGCUGGUGUGUCUGCCAACAGCGGUGUCUCGGCUAGCACUGUGGGUAACAUGUUUGGUAGCUUGUCUGCACCCAGCCACUUUCCCAACAGAACCAGUACAGCAUAUGGCAGUGCUUAUGCCACCACGGUCAACUACACGAUGACUGUGCCCCCUAUUGGUACAGGCACAGCAAAGCUGCUCACGACGCACGGAACAACCACCAGCCGCAGCGACCCGGUUCAGACGGUGAUGUCUGCCUCGGGCGACCGCAAGGUAGUUUGCGGAAGUGCCAUCAUGCUGUCCGUGGUCCUCAUGGCCUUCAUUGGCCACAUCUGA